AUGAAUUCAGGAAUUCCACAAGCGUGUUACGAAAAUUCACUGAAUACUGAAUUGCUUAGCAGUUCUCCUUACGAGUUGACAAUGGAAAUCAAUGAAUUGAUUUCUCCUCCUCAAAACACUCGAAAAGCAAAAAAAUUUCUAAAAAAUCCUAAAUCUACAUCACCACCAAGGCCACUAAAUGCAUUCUUUUUAUUUCGACGAGAUUUUAAAGAAAAACAGAAACGAAACGGAGUACCGAUGAAACUAGACGAGAUGUCACGUUUGGCAUCUUAUGUAUGGGAUAAUUUGUCAAACGAAGCCAAAAGCUACUUUGAUGUUCUUGCCACUUGGGCAAAACAAAGACACGACGAAUUAUAUCCCAAUUAUAAAUAUGAUCCCAAAUCAAAAAAGAGUGAUCUAAAAAAGCAAAGAUCAAAUACACAUCGAAAAAAUAAUAAAGUCGAGCGAUUAUCAGCAAUCACUCAUGAAAAAACAUGCGAAAUUGCAAUUGAAGAAGCAGAAAAAUCUAUUGAAAAUAGUUUUUCAGAUCCAGAUUUUAACCUCCCAUUUUUUCUCGAUUGGGGCUUGAUUUCCUAUCCGCUUGGUUUUCCCAUUGACUUUCCAUCAUAUCCAUAUGUUUCUGAACCGAUAAAUAAUAUCGAAUAUCAAGACUUUUUCGAAUUUCCAUCAUGUCCCGAAUACGGGUUCGAACCGAUAAAUAAUGAACAUCAGAUUACUACUGAUCAAGGCUUUUUCGUUAGUUUUCCAUCACAUCGCGAAUACGUUUUUGAUCCGAUAAAUAAUGUCGAACAGACUACUGAUCAAGCCUUUUUUGAUGAAUUUAUUAAUUUCGAUCAGCAACCUGGCGCUAACUGUUAA